AUUCCUUACAAGCUCAGCUGAUCAAUAUGGGUGUGAUUCCCACUCUGGUGAAGCUGCUAGGCAUCCACUCCGACAACGUAGCCCUGACAGAAAUGUGUCUAAUUGCCUUUGGAAAUUUGGCCGAGCUUGAGUCCAGCAAAGAACAGUUUGCCUCCACCAAUAUCGCUGAGGAGCUGGUGCGUCUGUUCCAGAAGCACAGACACGAGAAGAAGGAAAUGAUUUUUGAAGUUCUGGCUCCACUUGCAGAAAACGAUGUGAUAAAGCUGCAGCUGGUGGAGGCCGGCCUGGUGGAGUGUCUCCUGGAGGUGGUGGCUCAGACUGUAGACGGAGAGAGAGAGGAGGACGUUGCUCAGCUCAAGACUUCCUCAGACCUCAUGGUUCUCCUGCUGCUGGGAGAUGAGUCCAUGCAGAAGCUGUUUGAGGGGGGGAAGGGCAGCGUCUUCCAGAGGGUUCUGUCCUGGAUCCCAUCCCAUAACCACCAGCUGCAGCUAGCGGGGGCUCUGGCCAUCGCUAACUUUGCUCGCAACGACGGGAACUGUAUCCACAUGGUGGACACCGGGAUCGUGCAGAAGCUUCUGGAGCUGUUGGACCGGCACGUUGAUGAAGGCAACGUCACUGUGCAGCACGCAGCUCUGAGCGCCCUGCGGAACCUGGCCAUACCUGUGGUGAACAAAUCCAAGAUGCUGUCAGCUGGAGUUGCAGACGUGGUGUUGAAGUUUCUGCAAUCAGAGAUGCCUCCAGUCCAGUUCAAACUCCUGGGGACGUUACGCAUGCUCAUUGACACACAAGCUGAAGCCGCAGACCAGCUGGGAACCAAUGGGAAGCUGGUGGAGCGGCUGGUGGAGUGGUGUGAAGCCAAAGACCACGCGGGGGUGAUGGGGGAGUCCAACAGGCUGCUGUCGGCCCUCAUCAGGCACAGCAAGUCCAAGGAAGUUGUUAAAACUGUCAUCCAGGGAGGAGGAGUCAAGCAUUUAGUCACCAUGGCAACUAGUGAGCAUAUGAUUAUGCAGAAUGAAGCACUAGUGGCUUUGGGGCUCAUAGCAGCGCUGGAUUUGGUCGCAGCUGAGAAGGACUUUGUGGUCUCCAGCCUGGUGUCGGUGCUCCACAAGCUGCUGUCAGACGAGAGGAGCGCCCCGGAGAUCAAAUACAACUCCAUGAUCCUCAUCUGUGCCGCCAUGGGAUCAGAGCCUCUCCACAAAGAGGUCCAGAGCCUGGCGUUCAUCGACGUGGUGUCCCGGCUGCGGGCCCACGAGAACAAGACGGUGUCCCACCAGGCGUCGCUCACAGAGCAGCGGCUAACAGCCCAGAGCUAAAGGACUGCCCCCCCCCCCCCACACCCCCCACAAUGCCUGCCUGACCACCUGAUCACCCAAUGACUCCCCAUGACUGCUCCCCCCCCUGCCCAUCCUCAUUUGCCAAGGUACCAUGUCUCGUUAACUGCCAGCCAAUCACAGUCAUUCCCUUCCCCCUCCACUAGGGUUAGACUGGUGUCUAUCCGGAUUGCCAAUACUUAAUCAUAAAAUCUUUAUUUUAAAUAAGAAUUUAAUCAUUGUAAGAGUGGAAAUGCCUCUGAAAGUGUUUUUAGACUACUGUGGGACACCAACACUCUGAAAGCCAUAAUCAUUUAUUUUGGUUGGUUAGCACGUCCUUAAUGCAGGUUUACAAACCAACACUGAUCACCUUUCAUUACUGGUUUAUUUUCUAUCUUUGUGUACUGACCAUCAGUCUAACCCUGGGCCCAUCGUGUACCGAGGCGCCAUAAACAGCCAACGCAAUAGAUAAGAGACUACACUCUUUACGACCAUAGCUGUGAGACCAUCCGCAGGUAACCCACCAGUGAAAAAUGUGCACAAAAGAACAAAAAAAACCUUCCUGUUGUGAUUUUUAUUUUAUUUUUAAGAAAAGCAGCCAACCAUGAUGUGCCCAGUCGUGUCCCAUGUAGCUCGAGAAUAGAUUGACUAGAAACUGUGCAUGUUUUAGUCCUGUUGAAGGUGUGACAGUGUUCAUUCGACCUCUCCACCGCCUGCAGAACACCGCCUGCCCCCCCACUCCCACCUCCAGUCUUGUACACUCCUUUUUGAUUUUUGCACUUGUUCUGUAAGAUCUAGAGAUUUGAUCAGAUUUUUUAUUCCACUGUUGUGCAAACAUACAACAGCUAGAGGCUCCAUCCCAUCGCUGAGGACCAUGUGAAGCAAAUAGUUGGGAAAAGUCUACUUUUGUUAGCCCAGUUAAGCUGAGAGCGGCCGAGUUGAAGACCAAAAUAGGGAAUUGAUAAAUGAAAAUAAUAAUAUGCUGGUAGUCUUAUACUGCAGGUUGCUCAGAACAACAUCAAUCCAAUCAAAUCAUGGCAGUUUGCUGAUAAGUUUAACAUCUUGCGCACCCAGAUUUCUACAGCUCCUUGUAGCACUGUGGUCAAACUAAGGAAAAUACCAAUCAAAAGGUAAUUUUUGAAUUGUGAAAAGUGUUUUUGAAUGGGCAUGAGAUCGUGGCGUUAGCAAUGAAGAGCAGCCAAGAACAUGAAAACCUAAAGUAAAAGUAGGCAAAGAAAAUCACAAGUGUGUUUUGGACUGCAGGACAUUUUAAAGUGUGACAACAAGCGACCACUGUUCCUACAUGUGUACAGUUUGAGAGUGUCGUGGAGCAAAGUCUGGGGUCCUGUGAGAGCAGAUACUGAGUGCAGACAGCAGCAUACAACGCUUCAUGUUGGACAGCUGGGUGUUCUAGUCAAAGGGAAUUCUGCUAACAUGCACACGUCAGCAUGUCCGACACGUUACGGCGCUCCAUCAGCCACCAUGUUUCCUGGUCUGUGCUUAUUUUCUUCUUGUUUAAAAAAAAAAAAAAAAAAAAGGUAUGAAUGGUUAUUUAUCAGAUUUGUGCUCUUCUAAAGACACAUGCCUGUGGAGAUGUAUCCAUAGUAACUGCGUAAAAUACUAUAAACUUAAGUGUUUGUUGUAAAUGUCAUGAGUUGUACAUUUGGAGGAUUGUAACUCAGCAGAUAAUAAAAGAUGAUAGCUGGUGA